AUCCAUCGUUGGCUUUCCAAAGUUGCACAAGAAGAGCCUCCUCUCUUCGUCGUCGUGCUCCUCCGCCCUCCUCUCCCCUCUCCUCUCGCCGCUGCUUCUUGUCUUUCCCCCUCCACCAGCCACAGCACAGGCACACGCGCCCCGCCCCCCCACGUCUCACAUCCCGGCACGCCACUCCAUGCCCUGCAUCUUACGCGUGCCCCGCCACCGCGCUCCCGCCGCUUCCUCCUCCGCCCCCCUCGCCGCCGCGGCCGUGACGAGGCCGCCCAUGCCGUCCCCGUCCUCCUGAUUCGUCCCGUGCUUUGCGUGCCCCGGCGCCGCCACUCUCGAUUCCCUCGCCGCGCCGCCAUGCCGCCCAAGCGCCGCCGGAAGGCGGCGGCGGAGAAGAAGGCCGCCGCGGCAAUGGCAGCCGCCGCCGCCGCGGGCGCCGGCGGCCCGCCCGCCAACUGGUGGGACGCCUUCUGCAUGCGGAUGUCAGGAACCUUAUCUUCUAUCGAGGAUGCACAAAGAUUUGAGUCUGUCUUCAAAAUGCCAAGAAAAGCCUUUGACUAUGUCUGCAGUUUGGUGAAAGAUGAAAUGAUGGUGAGGUCCAGCAGCUAUACCUUUCUUGAUGGGACGGUGCUGUCUUUAGAAGAUCGAGUGGCCAUUGCUCUGCGAAGGUUGAACUCUGGUGGGUCGCUGGUGACUGUCGGAUCUUCUGUUGGCGUGAACCACUCGACCGUCUCGCUGAUAACAUGGAGGUUCAUUGAGGCUAUGGAGGAGCGAGCAAGCCACCACUUGCGCUGGCCAGACACUGGCGAAAUGGAGAAGAUCAAAUCCAAGUUUGAGAAGAUCCAUGGUUUGCCAAACUGCUGUGGCGUAGUAGACACGACACACAUCACAAUGUGCCUUUCUUCAGCUGAACCGAACUGCAAGGUCUGGCUCGACCAGGAGAAGAACUACAGCAUGGUCUUGCAAGCUGUCAUCGAUGCGGAUAUGAGGUUCACAGAUAUUGUGACUGGGUGGCCUGGCAGCAUGAAAGAGUCGAGCAUUUUGCACAGCUCUGGCCUUUUCAAACUGUGCGAGAAAGGUGAGCGCCUGAAUGGCAGCAAGCUGAAGGUAUCAGAUGGAUCAGAAAUUGGGGAAUACUUGAUCGGCGAUGCAGGGUACCCCCUUUUUCCCUGGCUCAUGACACCAUACCAAGAGAAGGAUCUCACAGAGUCCAACACCGAGUUCAACAGGAGGCACUUGGCUGCGAGAACAGUGGCUCCAAGGACACUGGCGAAAUUCAAGGACACAUGGAAGUUCCUUCAGGGGGAGAUGUGGCGCCCAGACAAGCAUAAGCUGCCCCGGAUAAUCCAUGUCUGCUGCUUGCUGCACAACAUAAUCAUAGACCUCCAGGAGGCAGCUGUGGACGAGCAAAGGGCAGCGUCGUCAAGCGACCACGACGUGAAUUACAGGCAACAGGUGUGCCAGUUAGCUGAUGAGAAUGGUGUCAGGGCGCGGGACAAACUGUCGGAGCACCUGAUCAGCAGGUGACCUAGAGGAGGAAAGACUUUGUGGGCGUUUGAAACGAAACAGAAGAGCGCCGUUGUGCCUGUUCUUUUAUAUGCUGAGCAGCUCUGAAUCAUGUUUUGAUGUUCACUUUUGCAGAGUUGUAAGGGAGGCAGACGGGGGCGCCGGUCGUUGUGACUUAAGUCAAACUCACUGUAAUCCUCUUAAGAGCUGUUGCAAACAAUGUCAGAUCAAUUUGCUCGUUUGGUUUA